AGGAGAGAGGGGCGCUCAGAGGAAGAGAGCGGGACCGGGCGGACCGAGGCGGGACGGAGGGGACAUGGGGAAGGACCAGGAGCUGCUCCAGGCCGUGAAGACCGAGGACUUGCUGACAGCUCAGCGGCUUCUACAGAGACCUCGGCCAGGGAAAGCCAAGCUCCUCGGAGCAGCAAAACGAGUGAACGUCAACAUCCAGGAUGCAGACGGGUUGGCACCUCUGCACCAUGCUGCUCUGAGUGGUAACAAGGAGCUGAUCUCUCUGCUGCUGGAGGCCCAGGCAGCAGUGGAUAUUAAAGACCAUAAAGGGAUGCGUCCUCUGCAUUACGCUGCAUGGCAGGGGAAGACUGAACCAAUGAAAAUGCUGCUGAAGGCAGGCUCGUCAGUCAACGGACAGUCAGAUGAAGGACAGAUCCCUCUCCACCUAUCAGCUCAGCACGGACAUUAUGAUGGGUCAGAGAUGUUGCUACAACACCAGUCCAACCCAUGUAUCUCAGACUCAGCUGGGAAAACACCGUUGGACCUUGCCUGUGAAUUUGGACGUGUUGGUGUGGUCCAGCUGCUGCUCAGCAGUAACAUGUGUGCAGCCAUGCUGGAGCCCAAACCCUCCGACCCUAACGGAGUGUCACCUCUGCAUCUCGCUGCCAAGAACGGACACAUCGAUGUCAUACGGUUGCUGAUUCAGGCUGGAAUAGAUAUUAACAGACAGUCUGAGUCUGGCACAGCGCUCCAUCAGGCAGCCCUCUGUGGGAAGACAGAGGUAGUGCGCCUGCUGCUGGAUAGUGGCAUCAGUGCAGGAGUGAGAAACACUCUGAGUCAAACCGCCCUGGACAUCGUUAAUCAAUUCACAACAACACAGGCCAGCCGAGAGAUCAAACAGCUACUGAGAGAUGCCUCGGCUGCAAUGCAGGUGCGUGCACUGAAGGAUUACUGCAACAACUACGACCUCACCAGCCUCAACAUCAAAGCUGGAGACAUCAUCACGGUUUUGGAGCAGCACUCUGACGGCCGAUGGAAAGGCUGUAUUCACGAUAACCGCACAGGAAAUGACCGUGUGGGCUACUUCCCCUCCAACAUGGUGGAAGUGAUCAAGAGGGCAGGUUCUCGGACUGCAGAGCUGAGUCCUCAAGGCUCUCCUACACUGGGACAGCAAAGCAGCACCAGUGAGGACAUCUGGGUGCUACGGAAACCUCUGUCAGGUGCAGAGCGCAGUGGCAGUGUGGGCAGUCUGGGCAGUGUUCGUUCAUCCAGCAGCUUGCAGAGCUCUGGAAACACACAUGUUCUGACCACCCCUGCACCCAGUCCACACCCUGCACCCACACCUGGGGUCAACACACACGGCCUUAAUGCUCCAGGCCUGCACGCACAAGCUGAAGGGGUGAAGCUCCUGGCCACUGUGCUGUCCCAGUCGGUAAAAGCCAAGGAGCAUCUCUUGGAGCAGUCGCAGUCUGUUGAGCAGUCAGCGAGCUCCUCCAGUUGCACAGUUCAUGAACAGAGGUCGUUUGAGAAGAAGGCAGAGGAGGAUGAUGGGAAAAAGCAGGCAGUAGUGGCGUGGCUGGGUGAGUUUCAGCUGCAGUUCUACACCACCCACUUCCUCACCGCGGGAUAUGAUCUAGACACCAUUAGCCGCAUGACCCCUGAGGACCUGACGGCAAUUGGGGUCAUGAAGCCUGGACAUCGAAAGAAGUUAACAUCAGAGAUCAGCAAGCUGCCCUCCACAGACUGGCUGCCAGACCACAAGCCUGCCAAUCUGGGAGACUGGCUGACUCACCUUGGUCUUAGUCAGUACUACCAGGUCCUGGUUCAGAAUGGGUAUGAAAACAUUGACUUCAUCUCUGACAUCAGCCUUGAAGAUCUGCAAGAGAUCGGCAUUACUAAACUCGGCCAUCAGAAGAAGCUUAUGUUGGGAGUGAGGAGACUGAAGGAGCUCCAGAGAGGAGAAAGUAGCUCCGAGCCUCCUCAGAGCCCCUCGACACCUCCAUCCAGCCCUGGUAGCAGCAGCAGCUCAGAGCCCCGGAGGGAGGCGAGGAAGCCGAGGGACGGCGUCCCCAGCCCGCUGGCCAAGCCUCGCCCAGGGCUCACACAGUCACAGACCCCUCCCCACACACUGACACAAACCCCACCACAAACCCCCCCACAUGGCCGGAUGCAGCAGGCGUCCCCCAGGGCUCGGCCCCGCCCCUCCACCCAGCUGGCGUCAGUAGAUCCAUCUGUACCGCUGCUCCGCCUGCCCUGUGAGGAGGAAGAGCGACGGAGGACUCACAGUCUGAUUGGCUCAGAAUCAGACUCUAGAUACGCGACCGUGUGCCGCAGCAGCUCUGCACAUCCCGCCCCCAAUGAUGUCACCGUUAACCGCAGCCAAUCAUCUGUCACCCUCCGUCCUCGUCGGAAAGGUCGGCCCCCGACACCGCCUAAACGCUCCUGUUCUUCCAUUACUGGGGGUGACGGGGAGGGAGAGCGACAGGUGGAGGGGCUGCUGGGGCUGCCGACCUAUCGAGAGCGGCGAGCCAGUGACUGCGGCAGCCUGGGAUCAGCUUUAAGAUCUCAGGACUCGGCAGGCCUGGAGAGAUCAGAGGGGGCUUCUGGGAGCGUUCGCAGCCUCGCCGCUAUGCUGGAAACAUCCAUCGUGGGUGGAGCCAAAACCCUGCCAAGGAACCUGGGAGGCAGCACCAACUACUUACAGGUGAGUCCGCCUGUACUUCGGCGGCAGGCGGGCGCAGGCGGUCUCGGUUCUGAGGAAGAGGAUGUCUUAAGUCGGCGCCGAACCAUCAGCGGACCAGAAGGCCUCCCUGGUGAUCAGAUUGACCUGUUACCGCGGCAACCAGCCCAGCAACGUCCAGAGCCUCGGCCCCGCUCCACCGUGGCCUCCUCGGCAACGGAGAUCACAGACGGCACGGCGACCCUCCGAAGGAGGCCGCGUCCUCUGGCGACGGAAUCCGAGGCGCCCACAUCCGUGGACGCCAACGCCGGCUCCGACACGAUACGCAGGAGGCAGCGCACCUCUGAGCAAACAGAAAGUGUUGUUCAAAGCAAUAAACAAAUAGACUCCCCCAGCAGUCACACAGAUAGUAGCAGGAAGAACGGAGGCGAGCCGCAGCAGAACGGCGGCGUGGUCCUGAGGCGGCGGCCGGUGUCAGAGGUCUCUGACAGGACAGAGGCCAACAGAGAGAGCUGUGAGUGGAUGGAGGCCAGGAAGUCUCUGAAGCCGCCGGUCUCACCCAAACCAUCCACAGUGACGAUGAGGAAGGGGCAAGUUGACCCCCCGACCCCGACUCGCAGGGUCCCCAUACCCGGGCCCGACACCCCUGAGACGGCUCAGAGCCCCGAGCCGAAGCGUGUCCCUCCUCCUGUGUCCCCGAAACCUCGCGGUCCUCCAACAGCACCUAAACCAGGCAAAGCAAUAGUAGCUUCUGCUGCCAUGAGCCCAAGUCCUGUGGCUACCAGCCCGGCUGCAGCCAGCCCCACCACGGCCCACAAACCCUCCUCUCCGGUAUCCGCCGCUCCUCUUCCAGCCCCUGACACCUCCUCUGCUCCCUCCCUCUCCCCGGGACUGCCCCUUACUUUCCCCUCCCCGGCUCAGAGUCCCUCCACUCCCUCUCCGCACCCCGUCAAACCUCCCCGCUCAUCCAUCGCCGGCCUCUCCAUUGACCUGCUGGGGGGCCGGGAGGCGGAGGAGGAAGAGGAGAGGAGGAGAGAAGACGAGGAGAAGAGGAGAGAGAGGGAGCACAAGAGGCAAAUGGAGCAGGAGGAGGAGGAGGAGGAGAGGAAGAGAGCAGAGGAAGAGAAUCUGAGGGAGCCGGAGAGGAAAGUUGAAGAAGUCCAGGAGGAGGAGGAGGAGGAGGAGGAGGAGGUGCAGCACCGUUUAGAGGAGACCAGUGCCUCCUUGGCUGCUGCUGUCCAGGCUGUAGAACAUAAAAUCAAAGAGGAGGACAUACAAAAUGACUCUCUUUCCAGCAAAAAGUCGACAGUCUCCAUCUUGGACGACAUCGGCAGCAUGUUUGAUGACUUGGCAGACCAACUGGACGCCAUGCUGGACUGAUCUCCUCCCACGUCUCGUCUCCUACAGGCCCUUUCCCCCCCCUCCCCCCCAUCAUGUGUAGGUGUAUCAAGAAAACUCUCCCAAGGCUCCAUGCUGGCGCUCUGAGUGACUGUGUGUGUGUGUGUGUGUGUGUGUGUGUGUGAGUGUGUGUCCAUCCUGCGUGAGCGCUUCUCAUGUAGCCUUGUACAGUACCACGGAGGAGGGAGUCCUCUUCGUCUGGCGCAGUAGCUCUAGUUCGCCUCCCGACGCGAGGAGGCCGCUCCCACACAACCUCUGACCUCUGCAGCCCAGCGAGCAAGUCGCCACCGCGGCCGCCGCCGCCGCCGCCGCCGCCGCCGCCGCCGCCCAGCCUCAGACGGCUGUGUGGACCCCAGAAGCACAAUCAUUUUCCUCAUCCUUUUAUCUCUACAGACUCUGACGGAGAUGCUAACUCAGUCAGACAGGGAGGCAGACAGAUAAGCAUAUUGCUUGCAACAAAAAAAAAAAAAAAAAAAAAAAAGCACAUAAACUGACUGACAGACAGACAGGCAGAUGGAUAGCUAGAUAUAUGGACAGGAUGCAUACAGAUGAGAUACCGGAGAGAGUUUUUAAAAGCACAUGGAAAGACAGGCCGCUUUCCGAGUCUGUCCCACUUGUGUGAUGUCAAACGGAGGCAUUUUUCCAGAUGAAUCGUAGCCUCUCAUUCUCUCCUGUAUGAGUGGAGGAUUGUGGUUUAGCCGGACUUCCUGACCUGUGUGUUGUCUCUCUUCAUGUCGUUGUUGUUGCUGUUGUUGUUAUCGUUGCCGUUGUUGUCGUUACGAGUGUGUGUAGUCCCUGCUGAUGCUCAUGUCAAUGUCCUCCCACUCGUACAGUAGUUAUUCUAAUGAUCAGAACGACGAUAUAGAUGUGUGUCCAUGAAUUUUUGAGACACUAGCACACAUAUGCACACACACACAUAUGCUCACACACGCACACACACAACAUUGGUUUUAAUCUCGCUGGUGUUCUGCUUUGUUGGUGUUUAGCUCCAUCUAUGGAGGUUUGCUUGGAAGUGAAUCUACACAUUAACACACACACAUUUACAUGCAAAAGACACAUAUAUACAAGCACACUCAUGCGGUGUAUCCCUUUGUCCUGCUGCAGUGAACAGUGUUUUUAAAAGAUAAUCCUAUAUUUCAAUGCUUUAUAUAGUACAUCCAGUAUACAUAGAGUUUAUAAUAUACCUGGGUGUUUGAGCUGUUAGAGCUCCCUCUAGUGUUGGUUAGUGAAACUGCCUCUAAUCUGCCCACCUUCCAUCUUGUCUCCCCCCUUUUUCAUCUCCCUCUGUGUCUGUUUUGUUAACUCUGCAUCUCUCUGUGCCUUGGUAGUGUUCUUUCAUAUAUUUAAAUUACUUUUUUUCUCUAUUUUUUGGUUGUUUUCCACUCAAAUAUGUUUAAUGUUUGUUUUUUGGGGGGUGUGGUUCAUUACAAACCCUAGCUCCUUGUGUGUCUGUGAUGUCAAAAGUAGCUUAUAGUUUGAGUUGUGAGUCCCUGAAAUCAAUCACCCUGUCUGCAGUCCUUCUGUAACCAUUGAGAAGCCUUGUACGAGCCCAUAUUAACCCCCUCCCCCCCUCCGUGUAUGCUGUAAUAAAUUGGCUCCGCUCCUCCUCGGCCCCCCCAGUCUUCAGUGGUCCCCCAUGUAGGCCAGACAGUGGAUCAACCACCAGUGUUCAUCCCAAUGAAGAGUUUACUUGUAUUUUUAUGCUCUUUGAAAACAAAGAUAUAUUUGAGAGACGGAUGGUUCUAUGUGAAUAAUAAUAAUAAUGAUAAUAAUAAUAAUAAUAAUGAUGAUGAUGAUAAUUAUAGACGUUGAAUUGAGGUGAGCUGAUUGAGCCUGUACAUUUACGGUUGAGUUCUGGAUGUGUUGUGACGGCUGUUGUGCCAUGGUUGGGUUUAGGUUGUGUUUCUGCUGUGACGAUGCAUUCCUGUACAGCUGUGAUCAGAAUAAAUGUAUAAAUUAAACCUUAAA